GUUACGACUGUAACGCUCGCGGUGGUGGUAGUACCAGUAAUCGUAGUUGGUUAUCGUCACGCCAUCCCUUAUCUGAUACGAGUGUUCACUUCGAUUCUUUGUCCCGGCACCGCUAGACGAAACCGCGUUUCAACCGCGGAAUCCGUAAAACCCUUUCGAAUCACUCGACAACUGUGCACGCGCAACAGCAGCCCGCCAGACAACCGUUCUUCCGUCCGCAACACGUGUCUAUAAACAUUCAAAAUAGAUCCUAUAAAAAAAAGAAAGAUGGAAAACGGGCUCACACAAAAGUUCAAGGUUGCAGACUUAUCACUUGCUGAAUGGGGCCGCAAGGAAAUUGUUUUAGCUGAAAGAGAAAUGCCUGGUUUAAUGGCUUUACGAAGAAAAUAUGGUCCUCUCAAAAUUCUUAAAGGAGCUCGUAUUGCUGGUUGUCUUCAUAUGACUAUCCAAACGGCUGUUCUCAUUGAAACUUUAGUUGAAUUAGGUGCUGAAGUACAGUGGUCUAGUUGUAAUAUUUUCAGUACUCAAGAUCAUGCUGCUGCAGCUAUUGCAAAAGCUGGAGUACCUGUAUUCGCUUGGAAAGGUGAAACUGAAGAAGAAUAUUCAUGGUGCAUUGAACAGACUUUGGUUUUUGCUGAUGGAAAACCCUUAAACAUGAUUUUAGAUGAUGGUGGAGAUUUGACCACUUUGGUUCAUGAAAAAUACCCUCAGUUUUUGGAUGGAAUCAAAGGAGUAUCUGAAGAGACAACCACUGGUGUACAUAACCUAUACAAAAUGAAAAAAUUAGGUUUGUUAAAGAUGCCUGCCAUCAAUGUCAAUGAUUCAGUGACCAAAAGUAAAUUUGAUAACUUGUAUGGUUGCCGUGAAUCUCUUAUCGAUGGUAUAAAACGUGCAACAGAUAUUAUGAUUGCUGGAAAAGUAUGUGUUGUUGCUGGAUUUGGUGAUGUUGGCAAAGGAUGUGCUAUGUCAUUACAAGCUUUUGGUGGCCGUGUUAUUGUCACAGAAAUUGACCCUAUUAACGCACUUCAAGCGUCUAUAGCGGGUUUUGAAGUAACCACUAUGGAAGAAGUCUGUUCUAAGGGACAAAUAUAUGUAACAACCACUGGUUGCAAGGGUAUUAUUACUGGUGAACAUUUCCCAAAUAUGCCAGAUGAUGCUAUUGUUUGUAACAUUGGUCAUUUUGAUUGCGAGAUUGAAGUGACAUGGUUGGAAAAGAAUGCUAUUGAGAAAGUCAAUAUUAAGCCCCAAGUGGAUCGAUAUACUCUGCCUAAUGGUAAACACAUUAUUUUAUUGGCUGAAGGAAGACUAGUCAAUUUGGGUUGUGCUACUGGACAUUCCUCUUUUGUUAUGAGCACUUCGUUCACCAAUCAAGUACUUGCUCAAAUUGAAUUAUUUACUAAAACUGACCAAUACAAAAAUGAAGUUUAUGUAUUACCUAAGAAAUUAGAUGAAGAAGUAGCAGCUCUGCAUUUAGAUCAUUUAGGUGUUAAGUUAACCAAGCUCACUGAAGACCAAGCCAAGUACCUAGGACUACCAGUUGAAGGUCCAUAUAAACCUGAUAGUUACAGAUAUUAAAACCAAUUUCAUUGAAAAUAUCUCAUUAUUGUGUUUCUAUAAUAAAAGAUAAAAUACUUAAAGAGAA